AUGCACAUGAAGUCCUCAACGGAUCGCCCCACCACGACGCCGUUGGCGGCCGACACAGCGGCAUAUGCGACACCCCAGACACAUGGCGUUGACAGCGUAGACGGCAUGUUCGGCUCCCCUUUGCAGCUUGACAGCUCCACAAGGGGCACUGCGGAGCUCCACUCAGUCUUGGAGUCCCUCUCGUUGGUGACGGUUCCGAACACGACUAGCUCCAGUCAGAGCAACCUCUCACUGGCAGAAAACCUUCUCGCAGAUAAGGAUGGCGCUACCACCAGGUCAUCGAAUGCAGAUCAUGACGAUGCAACGGCUACACUCUGGUGGAGAUAUGCAACCGAGGACGAGCGGCAGAACUUCUUCGCCUCCAACGUAACUGGCAAGGAUGACGGUAGCGUCCGAGGCGCCGGAAAUGUCAGGGUGUGCGUGAAGGCACCGGUCGAAGGUCAGGAAAGGUUGCUUCCUGGAGGUGUUUCACCCAAGACCACGAGCUUUUCCACGAAGUGCGAUACCUCGCACGUGACGGCUCCGGCGCGCGAAUUCUCUGCCAUAUGGAACCCUCAAGGCAUGCUGGGCGGGACGCGUGAAACAUUGGACACACGGCCCUCCGUGGACGAUGCCAGUUCCAUGGUCGCCGUGGUGCUGAGCGAGGAGGUACCCGAUGACUUGCCGCGCGCACCAUCGACGUACGCAGAGCUGCGCAGUUCCCCCUCCACGCCUUCGGUGAACACGAUUCAUCUCAACCUGCAGUAUACAAGAGUGACAUCGUUUAUGUCCAUCUCGUCCCCCUUUUCUGCCUCCGUGCAGAGUAUAUCAUUCCUGCGUACGUCUGUCCAGCACUUGAUGAGCAACUCGCAGCACUUCUACGCGUCCUCGUCGUCCUGCGCCUCAGCCAACGAGGUACCACUGUUCGGCGAGGUUGGUGUAGCGGAGCAGAAGCCCUUCUGCGCGUCGCUCCUAGAGACUGGAUCGGUGGUGACGCAGAGUGCCUUGGAGCCGGCCAAACUGAGAGAAGGGACCUUUGCGCCCUCCUCAGUGGAGGCGAGAGGCUCGUCAGAGGUAGUCCCCCUCAUCGACCUGUCAGCCAUCUCGGCAGCAGAUAACGCCAGCAUGGCGCAAGAAGCCUCACCGCGCAAUCCAGGUGCACCUACUCUCCCGUGCACCCCAAUGGCGUACCGCGCCGUCACCACUUCGGUCGAGGGGUGUCUCCUAGAGGAAGAGCAAAAGCGUAUGGCGCUCGUGGAUGGCCAAGCUUCGGGCAUUGAGACUAUUCUGGCACGGGAAGUUUCGGCCUACCUCGCUAUGAGUCGCCAGCGGCGCAGGGCACCUCGGCAACGCAGUGAAUACGUCGGCGUCACCGAGCAGCGAAAGUCUGUGGAGGAGAAGGCGAGUCUGCUCCACGACUCGAUGCAGGCACGCAUGAGGAUGGCAGAAGAUGAACACGAGAACUUUAUGAGCAGUUACCGACAGAUAGACCAAGUACAGCUGCACAACGCCGGUUAG